AUGGAACAUGCUUUACUUCUAUAUAAAGAGUAUGAUGAAUCCCAAAAAUCCUUUGUACAGGCCCAAGAUAUGAUUUAUAAGUGGCACCCUCCUUCAACUGCAAUUUUAAAAUUAAACACUGAUGGGGCUGUUUUUGCAAAUUUAGAUUCAUCAGGUUUUGGGGUGAUUUUAAGAGAUUACCAAGGUAAAGUGCUACUGUCUGCAAGUGGUAGAGAGAGUGUUGUACAAGAUCCUAUUGAAAUCGAGUUACUUGCCAUUUUGAGGGGUCUGCAGCUAUGCAUUCCAAUGGGUAUACCAGAGUUAAUUGUGGAAUUUGAUUAUCUACUAAGUAUUCAAGCAAUACAAAGUAUGGAGGACCCUAUGUCAAUGCAGGGAAAUCUGAUUUAUGCUAUUAAGGAUCUAAUGAACUACCUUCCAAAGGUCUGA